AUUGUAUCUUGGCAACGUGACUCGUAAAUAUUUGGCCAUUGAUCGGAACCAACAAGUCGCAGCGGUGUUGUGAUUCUCAACUGACAGUUGGACUUGGAGGUUGAUUUCCAAAAUGGCAAGUUUAAUUCCCCAAACAAAUCAAGCACAAGGAACUUAUACCUUUGCCAGUCAACCCAGAGCAGUACAACAGAGGAAAAAAUAUAGAGAUGCAGGAGAUAUAGGUGGUGAUUUAGGAGGAGGAGGGAACCAAGGUCCCCCUCAAUAUGGAAACAUUAUGUACGAUAAAAGAAUUGUCCGUGGAAAUACAUAUGCACAACACACACUGCCUGCGCAUGCACAACCAGAUCCAAUUGAAAUUCAAAGACAACAGGAGAAUAGACGACGUGCAAUAGCUAGAAAGCGGGCAAAGGAACAACUACGACCACGAUCUCCAGAGCCUGUAGAGGGUCGUAAACACAUCGAUGUCCAGACAGAGCUGUAUCUGGAGGAACUCAGUGAUCGUGUGGAAGAGGCUGAUGUAGAAGUACAAACAGAUGCCUUCCUCGACAGACCACCAUCACCUAUGUUUGUUCCAGCAAAGACUGGAUUGGACAUGGCCACCCAGAUUCUGGAUGGAGAACUGUUUGACUUUGAUGUGGAGGUGAAGCCCAUCCUAGAGGUGUUAGUAGGUAAAACUGUAGAACAAGCAUUACUAGAGGUGAUGGAAGAGGAGGAGUUAGCUAACCUCCGCUCACAACAACGCGCCUUUGAGGAGCUGAGAAAUGCCGAAUUGGUGGAACAACAGAGACUGGAGGAACAGGAGAGGCGACACAGGGAGGAAAAGGAAAGACGUAUGAAACAACAGAGAGAGAUUUUGAAAAAAGAACACGAAACUUCAGAAAAAAUUGCUGCAAGAGCAUUUGCUCAAAGCUACCUCGCCGAUUUGGUGCCUACAGUGUUUGGAACAUUAUCAGACAAUGGUUACUUCUACGAUCCUGUGGAGAGAGAUAUUGAGCAGGGAUUUAUGCCAUGGUUGAUGGAUCAAGUCAAAGAGCAGCUACACAAGGCCCAGCUCGGCAGAAUGGUGCUAGAUGGAAUCCUGAGAGAGGUGGUCAGCAAACGUUUCGAUCAAUAUGCCAAAUUAGACGAAAGGUUAAGAGAAAUGUUAGGAGACACAUUAGAGCCAGAGAUAGGUGGCAACAGCUCAAACAAUGCCACAGAGGAAGUGCCACCCCCCGCCGCAGCCACCACCACAGAGGCUGAAAAACCUGCAGAACAAACUGAGGAACCCGCGGAACAGAAAACAGAGGAAAGUGGCGGAGGGGAGCAGCAGACAGAAGGAGGAGAAGGAGAAGAGGAGGAGGCCGGAGAGCCUAAAGAAUAAAUAAUGUUAUAGUUAUAGAAUAUAUAAAAUUAUCUACCAACAAAGAAAAACCCAGAAAACUAGUGGUUAUUUUGUUUAGAACUGUCACCUUACAUUGGAAUAGGGUGAUGAGAACAGAAUGUCAGAUGUUUUACAAUAUUUAUUGUCCUGUUGUUAAGAGUUUAGUUUUCUAUUGAUACAGGAAAUAGUUAUGGUUAAAGUUUAUAAAUUGACAGCUAAUCUUUAAGAAAUGUUAUUAUUUUGGAAGCAUACCUCAUUAAACAAAGAUUGCUGACUUGUGAAGUCAGUUUUACUAUAUAAGUAUCAAAGUAUGUUAAAGAUGUUAAAGAUUCUUCAGAUAGACACCCAGUCCCAACAUCUUGUCAGGAGGAUUAGAAUAGAUAAGUAAAUAAUUAAGCAAUCUAUAAUUAAACUAUAAGUAACCAACAGACAAUGAAUCAGAAAUUAGAAAACAAAAAAGUAUUGUUAACAUGAAAAAUAUCAUUUUCAGUGUGUAAAUGAAAUUUGUUGGUUGUUGAUAGUGUGGGUGUCUCCCAGACCUGUGAUAUCUUAUUGUACCAAUGUGUCUAUAGUCAUCAGUACUGUGAUAUUGUACCAAUGUGUCUAUAGUCAUCAGUACUUUGGACCUGUGUCACAAACAGAACUUUCGGUUAGCACUGAGUUCACUUUAAAUUAACAAUUGUCCGUCCAAGUUGGUCAGUGGUAACAUUAAGUUCCUUCGUUUUGUGGUAUAUGAUCCAUUUGUAAAUAAUCAAGCAUUAUAAUUCAUCCACCAAUACAUGUAGUGUUACCUAUGUUGACUGUAUUCUAAUAGCCUUCGUGGAGAGGAAGCUCAGGUGACUACAUGAAAACAAAUACAAGUUUUAAAACAUUUUUUGGAGAAUGUCUGUAUACAUGAAAUCUUGAUAACUAGAAGUACCUAGAGAGCAUUCCAAUCCCUAGAGAGGCUGUCUAUUGUUAUGUUGUUACUCUAUAAACUCAUUCUUUAAUCUAUACAUCAUAUAUUGCAUUUUUUAAUGAACUAUUGGCCCAUCUUGUUUUCAAUAUUUGGGUCCAUUAUAAGGCCUUCAAAACUGUUUCAGAAAUAACAAUUUUAUGUGUAAAUAAAAUAUACCAACUAUUUUCAGGAAAAUGAAUAAAUAAAUACAGAUAUUGAAAACUG